AAAGACCAGGCAUCACAUCCGGUAGUUGAGGUCAACUUUCCCACCAGAUCCGCCAUUUCAGCCCGAGUUUGCUUUGCAAGUUACUUUUAAAUUCUUACAAUUUUCCUCAAAGUCAAACAAGUGUGCGUUUUCUGUCGUGCCGUAGCAUAUAUUUGAACUAACGGCGCCUCGACAUUUGUUGUAGAAGUUGGCCAUAGUGUCUUAUCUACAGCGGUUUUUUUUUUGCGAGUGUAGCGCUACCGAUGCUGGGCUUUUUCCACGAGCGUGUCGCACGGUAAACCAAAGUUUUUGUAUGAGUUGCCAAUAGUGGAGGUGAACGGGAAGGCCUCGAGCCUAGGAUUCGAUUAUUAGCCAUGGCCGGUAAUUUUGACGCUGAAGACCGUGCUAGCUGGUACUGGGGGAGGUUAAGUCGUCAAGAAGCGGUUUCCCUUCUGCAGGGACAGAGACAUGGCGUGUUCCUGGUCAGGGACUCGAUCACCAGCCCCGGCGACUACGUGCUGUCUGUCUCGGAGAACUCCAAAGUGUCUCAUUAUAUCAUCAAUAGCAUCAGUAACAACCGGCAAUCGGGACCAGGUCUCAUACCCCCUCGGUUUCGCAUCGGGGACCAGGAGUUUGAGGCGCUGCCAGCCCUGCUGGAGUUCUACAAGAUCCACUACCUGGACACCACCACGCUCAUAGAGCCCGUGAGUAGGUCCAAGCACGCCAGCUUCAUCAGCACCUCCAGUGCCCCUGGGCCCUUACAGCCAGACGAGGUGGAGUUCGUCCGGGCGCUCUUCGACUUCCCCGGCAACGACGACGAGGACCUCCCGUUCCGCAAGGGCGACGUGCUGCGCGUGCUGGAGAAGCCCGAGGACCAGUGGUGGAACGCCUCCAACCAGGAGGGCCGCAGCGGCAUGAUCCCUGUGCCCUACGUGGAGAAGUUCCGCCCGGCCUCGCCCGGCGCCGCCGGAGGGCCUCAGGCCAGCGGGGCCUGCGGCGGGGGCGCCGGGGCCCCGGACGCACCAGGGCCACCGUUGGAGGCGCCCGGCCAGUACGCACAGCCAGUGGUCAGCAACGCCCAGCUGCCCAACCUGCAGAACGGGCCCGUCUUCGCCCGGGCCAUCCAGAAGAGGGUGCCGAACGCGUACGACAAGACAGCGCUCGCUUUGGAGGUGGGCGAUAGAGUUGAGGUGACCAAGAUUAACGUGAACGGCCAGUGGGAAGGCGAGUGCAAGGGCAAGCGUGGCCACUUCCCCUUCACACACGUGCGCUUGUUGGUACCGCAGCAACCGGAAGACGAGAGCUGAGAGAGGAGAACCCGGCACACGUCUCUCUCACUCUCACUCUCACUCUCUCUCUCGCUCACUUUCUGUCAUCGCACACCCACCAAUAAGACCCGUUCCCCGUUCCCUCUCACCACUACCAAACACAACCACAUACGCGCACGCGCUCUGAAGAGCUCACCGAAUACAGACUGUGUUCGUGUCUUCUCAGUGGGCUGGACUCUUACUGCCUAGAAAGCCAAAUGAGUGCAGCGUUGUCUCACAUCAUUGUUUAUUUGAAUGAAAACAUACACGGAUGGAAGAUUGACGCAACCAGUACAAAACACUAGAUUCCACACAGAAUCCUAACUCAUUGUUUGCACGUUGCUAGACUGUAUAGGUCUUUGUGAGAAGCUGUGCUACAUGUGCAAGAUACUUUAACCCAAGAGGCGCCCUCUCGUGGAGCUGAAUUAUGUUGUGCCUGCGGCUUCAGCCUCUGCACGGUAAAGACUUCACUGGGAUGUACACAAACACACACACACACACCCACACACUACAAACAACCAAGUACCAUUUUUCAGACAAAAUGGGAAAUGUGAUGAUAACAACUGACCAUAUACAUGUGUAAUCAAAAAGAUUUUAUGCUCAAUACUGUAAACUGUUAUUUCUUCCAUAUUUAAUUGUUUUCCCAGUUAUUACAGACUGUCCAUUAUAUUUUUAUUCCCAAACACUAUUGGAUGGCAACUCAGAUGGUCAAUGAAAAAAGCUAUGCAGCAGUUGACAAGUGUAAGAAACUAGGGAAUGAAUCUUUAAAAUGAGCAAGUCAUUUUUUAAUUGCCCUUGUAGGGGCAAUGUGAUGUGAUUCAUCAAUGCUGCUUAUAAGCAAGUUUGGACGAUGCCUGGACAUGUGUGUGUGUGUGUGCGUGAACAUGUGUGUGUGCAAUGUAUGUGAAUAUGUUGUAAUGUUGUUAGUAAGAUACUUGUAGGAGCUCAAUAACAUUUUAGCACACCCUACACACUACCAAGUAACUGACCGCUGAAAGUGACCACUGUGUGCACCUACUUUAUAUCCAUCUUUAAUAUUAUAAAUAGGGCUGGGUAUCGUGGCCAAUUUCCUAAAUCGAUUCGAUUUCGAUUCAAAAAGUUCGGAAUCGAUUAUUCACGAUUCGAUUCAAUCUGCUCUUACAUAAUGAACUGUGUUACAAAUUAGAAAUAUACUUUAUUUUUUCUCUUCAUCUUAAACAACAGGUUUUAAGUGCAAACUUGUAAAUUGGACAGUUUAAACUUGAGCUGUAAACAAAACUGUCUCAAGUCUCAAAAGUGCAAUUUUGAAAUUAGAAAGGAAUUGCAAGUGAAAGUGUACUUGAACUACAACAUUCCAUCACUGCAAAUUGCAUUAAGGCGUUGUUUAUUAAAGGGCAAAAAUAAUAUUAAUGGUAACAAAACUAAAAAAAACUAUAAAAAAAUAAAUCGAUCUCAUGCCUAAUGAAUCGAUAUUGAAAAAUGUAAAUGAAAUUGAUCCAAAAUUGAUUAAAUCGAUUUUUUUUUCUACCCAGCCCUAAUUAUAAAGGCUUGCUUUUGCUAUUAUAUUGGAAUGGAACAGCGUUGCGGAAAAGUGAAAUUGGAUACCUGAUUCUAGAAUACUUUGUUGCAAUCAAAAUGCGGCGUUAUACUUCUGUAUAACACAAUUUUUUUUACUUAAUAAAUGUUUUUGUUUUUUUAAAGGUUAAUUGGAAUGUACGACAUUAUCUCUGCCAAGCCACUACUCUUUCCUGUUGUGUUCUCAUUCUCUGGCCCUGCUAUUGAAGAAGACCUAUAAAUACCGACAGCUGUGCCGCGGUGCCAUAUUCCUCUAUUCGGAUAUUGGUCCCAUAGUUGGAGAUUGAAAUAUUGAGAAAUUUAGCUAGUUGCCCGUGGGAGGUAUGCUGGCUGUUUGUAUGUCGAUCACUGGGGAGGAUUGCCAGAACUUUGUUGUUGUUCGUGUAAUUAUUUGAGUCCUCUCUACCUCAUGUUUGGUUUUGUAAGAGAAGAUGACUUCUGAAUAUGAUAUUAACACGCCUGGACGUUGAUACUCAGUCCAUCAGUAUUUUUAUUUUAUUUUUUACAAUGCUUUCUUUUUAUUAUUUUUUGGAGAAAUAUUAUUUUACGCUAAUAUGCCCCCAUAUACUCGUAUGCCGUGAAUCAUGCAGGUUUUUAUGACAGUUUUGCAUUCUUGUUUGCAACUUCAGAGGAGAAAGUGCCCCAUGCACAGUUUUCUGAGUUUACAAUAUUUGACACUUUUAUAUCCCAUCUUCAUCUAAUUUCACCAUAGAUCAAUAGAGCUGGGUACAAAGACCUGAGUCAGACGUCAACUGUCUCGCAGUCCUACCGUUUACUUUGCUUAUUUCUUGUAACUUUUCGAAAGUAGUUCAGCGGGAUUGUAGUCUUGCUGGGAUAGAAAGGUUUUAGUCAAUGUCUUCACCAUUUACUCAAUGAGCCAUUCUGGAUUUUUUUCAGCACCCAUGUUUUCUCAUCUAUAUGGCAUUUCAUCUUGAAUCACAUGAUUUAUGAAAAAUAUUCAAUGUGGAUCAUACUGCCCCAUGAUAAUAAUUUAAUUUAGCUGUUGGCUACCAUCUUAAUGUCACAACCGGAGCAGUUCGUAGACAAGAUAUAAAAAAAUAUAUAUAUAUAUUGGACGUACAGUUUUUGGUGGGCUUGGUCUCUUAACAACAUUGAUAGUGAAAUGUAAGAACAAUAUGUACACUCUAGGAAGAAAUACCGCAUGAGGUGAUGCUCAGGGCUGACAUAUCUAAUUCUAACCAUUUGAUAAAAGGAAAGCCCGAAAUACUUUACUAUUACGACGCUGAUUAAAUUACCCAUGGUGAAUGCUAUGCCCCAAUGUUCUUCAUCAUUGUCUGCAUACAGAAAAGCAGAUCACUUGGUUUGGUGCCAUAGAUUUGAGAAAUAUUGAACAUAUCCUAAAAAGAAAAUCAAAUAUCACCUUACAUGGCCAUUCAUGGAUACCCAUUACAUUGCUAUAUACACAUGAGUAUUAUCCUUUUAAAAAGAAAGAUGUUUUUGCAACAUUGAGAGAAAUCACUAACAUUGAAUUAGCAUAUUCAAAAGCACAUCAACAUGUGACCUUUUGCCCAUUUUUUUUAGAUUUUGCUUUAUUAAUCAUGCAAUGACAAUGCUUGCACAGAUUUGUGAAAAACCCACAACUUAAAUGUGAUAGACACUACCAAUGGUUUUGCAUUGCUUGAAAUCCCCUUGAUAGGUGGAGGAGUGUAAACAAGUCUUUCUCCCAAAUAGAAAAACAUGAGCAUCGCAUUAGUUUGUGUUCAUAGUUAUACGCAUUUUUGUAUUGUGUUGCCCGUUAGUAUUUCAAUUAUUCUUCAAUUAAAUUCAUUAUUUUUCUGAAAAUGUUGUCACGAGAACUAACUGGCACCAAACUCCCUCCACCUAUUACCUCUUAGAGAGGACCAGUGCCCCAUUUCAAACCACAGACACUAUUUGGACCUAUUUGGAAGUGUGUGUUAUAUACUAGAAGUGAGUUGAUGAUUGACCAAUGAUUUGCUUUUGAAAUUAUUCUAAAGAAGUGUAUUUUCAAGGUAAUGCCAUUCAGUAACAAUAUGCACCUUAAUUCUGUUUUGUCCCAGGAAAAAAAGUGCCAUGCCAAAUGUGUUCUGUUCCAUGUUUUUCUUUUGUCAUUUCCAUAAUUUUUUUUCCUUUAGUGGCAUUCGUCCCUAGUUUUACCUACAACUUUUGCAUUUUAUUUUUCUGUAGCAUGUAAUGUAUUAAAAUACCUAGUCAAUAAAAUACUACCAAUUUGUCAGUA